CAUUCGAAUCAUUUAUUCCCGAGUAUUCAUAUUGUUAACAUAAUAAAUAACGCAAUAAUUAUGUUACGAUAUACGUUGCUAAUGCUUUUAUAUAUAACAACAUGUGGUCUCGCGUUGGAAUCAUCAAUUACAACUGAUACAGCGGUCAACUUGCCAGAUAUUUUUACAGCUCCAGGUAAAUUAUUAUCAGGUUUGAAUGGAAACUUGUCUCCAGCACAGCAAAUUAUUUAUAUUUAUGGACCGAACCAAUGGAAAAUGCAAAAUAAUGUCAAUCUCAUAGAAAAAGCAGGCAACGAUUACCUUAUUACACCUGGCAUAGGUGCUCAUAAACUUCAUAUUCGCCAGUUGUCAUGGAACAAGGCUCGUAGAAUUUGCAUUCAAGAAGGGGGUCACUUGGCUAUUAUCAACUCUAACUCGGAAGAAAAAAUAUUAAUACGCAUUUUGGAAGAAAAUAAAGUAUCUGAAGCAUGGCUUGGUAUACAUGAUCUUUUCGAAGAGGGCGAUUGGAACACGGUUAUGGACGAAAGCUUAGAAGCUACCGGUUUUUCAAAAUGGACUACGACAUUGGAUAUUAAUGUGCCUGAUAAUUCCAACGACGGACAGCAUUGCGGAGUUUUAAUGACUAAUGGUGGAAUGAAUGAUCGCGAAUGCUAUCAUGCAAAAGCCUUUUUCUGCGAGAUUACCUUCUGAAUCAUACUAAAACUCGGUAAAUCACGAACGCAAGAUUGUAAUCGAACACUGCAAUGAUACGUGAUCUAUCAAAGGUUAUAAUUAAAUGAGAUAAUCCAAAAGUGCGUUAUUAAAAUGGAAUUAACAACGUUAAUAACAACGCAAACAUGCGAUAUCAUGAUUAAAUAAGGUCAGUGGAUCAAUGUUGCGAUGAAAGAGAUUAGCUCGUAAGAUUUAUUUUUAUAAUGAAGAUUUUAUUUUAUAUAAAGAGACUUAUAAUGAA